AUGGCACCCGGCGAGUCGAAAGAUGAGCGCGAUGAACGAGUUGCUCGACUCUGGGAAACGCUGGAUGUGCGGAAAGAAGGUCAUAUUGAUCUAAAUGGCUUAAAGAAGGGACUCAAGAAGAUCGACCAUCCGCUUAAAAAUGCAGAUAGACUAGUCUACAGCAUCUUACGCGAAGUUGACACGAACGGUGAUGGGUGGAUAGAUUAUGACGAGUUCCAAGUCUUCAUCAACCAUACCGAGUCUGGAUUAUGGCGGAUGUUCCAAGAUAUCGAUCACAAUAAGAAUGGGGAGAUAGACAAGACUGAGUUGCGAACUGCGUUUGCUCAGUCCGGAGUGACAGUAUCCAACGCAAAAUUGGAUAAUUUUUUUGCCGAGGUUGACCAAAACAAUGACGGAGUGAUCACUUACGCUGAAUGGAGGGACUUCCUUCUCUUCCUCCCUCUAAACUCAUCGUCGAAUCUUCGCGCUGUUCUAUCCUACUAUUCGGCCACAGGAAAUCUAAACCCGGAAGGAGAUGUCCACAUCAAUGAUUUGCAGGGCUUAGGUACAGAUCACUCGUUUCUUAAAACUCACCUACUCGCCGUCAAGUCCCUCUUGUACAAUCUUCUUUCUCUCUCUACCCUGGCCUCUCUCCUCCCGUCAGUCGAAGCAGAAUCCAUCCCGGCCGCAGAAUUGUCUUCGACCGUUGGCAAGGAAUGGGUUUCGAUGGACGCUGACUUAGAGUUGGAGUGGCUGCCUAUCCCCAAGACCACCGCCAUGUGGAUGUCCCUCCGCCGUUAUGAACGGAAGUUGACCGAGAAUACCCCUCAACUAGGCUACUUCAUCGCGGGCGGUGUCGCUGGUGUCGUGUCCAGGACGGCUACCGCGCCUCUCGAUCGUCUCAAAGUCUAUCUUAUCGCGAAGACUGGUGUAACGAAACAGGCUGUUCGUGCGGCGAAAGAUGGUGCCCCUCUAGUCGCAGCGGGGAACGCCUCAAGAACCUUGGUAGUUGCAUUCAAGGAGCUAUGGAGAGCAGGUGGAAUUCGCAGCAUGUUUGCUGGAAAUGGACUGAAUGUUGUCAAGGUUAUGCCGGAGUCAGCGAUUAAGUUUGGAGCCUAUGAGUCUGCGAAACGAGCGUUCGCCGGCAUGGAGGGCCAUAACGACCCAAAGCGACUCAAGCCAACGUCACAAUUCUUGUCCGGUGGUAUUGGUGGAAUGGUUGCACAGUGCUUUGUUUAUCCGCUUGAUACGUUGAAGUUCCGAAUGCAAUGCUCGACCGUGGAAGGUGGCUUGAAAGGAAACAAGCUUAUUGCUGCAACCGCCAGAAAAGUCUGGAACGCUAAUGGGCUGCUCGGCUUCUUUCGUGGUCUUCCUCUUGGUCUAAUUGGAAUGUUCCCUUACGCAGCGAUUGAUCUCAGCACCUUCGAGUACCUCAAACGAGCGCUCCUAGCUCGCCAGGCGCGCCUCAACAACUGCCAUGAAGAUGAUGUACCGCUCAACAACUUUGUCACUGGUGCCAUUGGUGCACUUAGUGGAGGUCUGAGUGCUUCAUUCGUUUAUCCCCUGAAUGUUCUUCGCACCCGAUUGCAAGCCCAAGGCACCGUUUUACAUCCUGCGACCUAUACCGGUAUUGCUGACGUCGCCCGCAAAACCUUGGCAGCAGAGGGACCUCGUGGCUUGUACAAGGGACUUACGCCCAACCUCAUGAAAGUGGCGCCAGCAGUCUCUAUUAGCUACGUGGUCUACGAAAACACGAAGCGAUUCCUCGGCUUGAAAUGA